AGACAGAUCAAGUCUUUUGUGGUUCAAGUGUGCAACAAUACAAAAGCAACCUCAAACAUAGCCUUGUUUUUCACUCAUCUACUGCCAGUCUGCCACUACUACUUUUCUUUUUCUUUUCUCUCCUAUACUCCUCCGCCAUAACCACCCAAAAAGAGAAAAAGAGACGACCCAUCUCUCUCUCUCUCUAGGUAGGGGAAGGACGGACAAACGAACGAAACCCAGCUUCGUUUUCCGUCAAUGGAGAUCCCCAGAAGACUAGAAGAGACUCAAUCGGUCAUUGAUUCACCCAAUAACAAUGGACUAAUCAUGCAAAUUCAAACCCCUCCUCUAACCCCAACAACUUUCGUUCAAGCCGAUACUUCCUCAUUCAAACAAGUCGUACAAAUACUCACCGGAUCUUCAGAAACCACAUCUAAACAACAAGCCGCCGGACGUCCCAACAACUCAGAUCCGCCUCCUUUCAGAAACUACAACAUACCCCCAAUCAAAAAAGACCAAAAGAAACAAGGGUUCAAGCUUUACGAGAGAAGGAACAGUCUUAAGAUGAUCAGUCCUCUAAUUCCGAAUCUGGGUCACAAUUCCUCUGGAUAUUCACCUCGGAAACAUCUUCCAUUUCCGGAGAUCCUUUCACCCAGUAUGCUUGAUUUCCCUUCGCUAGCUUUAAGCCCAGUGACGCCACUAAUUGAAGAUCCGUUUAAUAAGUCUUCUCCUUCGUUGGGUAGUUCGUCGGAGGAAGAUAGAGCUAUUGCGGAAAAGGGUUUUUAUCUGCACCCAUCUCCGAGGACGAUGACUCCAAGAGAUUCUGAACCUCGACUAUUGCCUCUGUUUCCGGUCACUUCUCCCCGUGUUUCUGGAUCUACUUCUCGUUGAUUCAGGGUUUUCAUGCCCUGAGAAACAAACAGAGAAGAAUCAAUAGAGGGGUGUUUGAUGGCUUUGAGAGAUAUUCGAAAGGUAUCACCAUUAUCAAUCUUUGCUUAAAUCACUUCCCAUGUAUGUAAUUGACUCAAUUUGACCCAUCUUCACAAAUUAUCAAUUCAGAACCCUCUUUUUUCUUGUCUUUUUUU